CGAAAUCGUAGGAUAGAACCUCCGAUUCACGAGAAGGAACGCCCUCUCUCGGCUAUCGCGCCGUUCGCCCAUUGGAUAAUCCCAUCUCAUGAGAUGGCGCUUCGAGAUGAUGAACUGACCGACGACUAUGUUGCAUCACUUCUGAAACGCGAUGCGGAGCGUAUGUCGCGGACAGGCGUCGCGGACGGGUUGUCGUUGGGGGCAGGACCACGACCGAAGACGCAAGCCAAGCCAAAUACUCGAUUCUUCCGUCACAUCAUCCGUGAGACAGAUAGCCACAACGCGGCGCUUAAGGCACGGGAAGAAGUCGAGGCGCGAGCGAGGGCGGAGAGGACGAGGAGGAAAGCAGAAGACGAGGCGGCGGACGGAACAGACAAGAGGAGGAGAAGAACAAAUCGUGAUCACGAAGACGAGCGGAGGUGUGAGGGCCGUGACGGAGAUCGGAGACGACACAGACACGAUGACGGUAAGAGACGUGAAAAACAUCGACAUGCCCCCUCAGACGAGCACAGGACUAGAUCUUUCCCAGACGGUGAAGAUCAUGAUAAGCCACGACGGCGCGCACGAUCACCAUCGCCUUCACGUAGAGGAGCGAGUCCGGUCAGACGCACGCACGAACGCGAUCGACGUUCUCAGAAGCAACGGCGUAGCCCCGAGCGCCGCAGCCGAUCGCCGAGAAAACGAUCAUCGCCAGUACGCGACGCAGAGCGAGCAGAGGAUGGAUACGCAAGCGACGAAUCAAUCGGUCCGCAACCUCCUGCUCGUGGUCGUGGAGCCCAGUCGUCUCGCACGAGCACUAUUGAUUCUCGCUUUGCGCCCGAUUAUGAUCCCAGAAGUGAUGUCGCUUUCGAGGAGCCGGACUUGACGAAGGCUGGUGAUGAUUGGUCGAAUUCGCUGGCUGCAGUACGAGCGCGUGCAGACUGGCGCAACCAGGGCGGAGCAACUGCUAAGUCAAAAGACGGCGUAGAAAACGGCAUCGAUGUCCAAGAUCUGCGCUGGCGGAAAAGCGGCGAGGAAAGGGAAUGGGACAGAGGAAAGCUGCUCGACGGAGACUCUGUUGACAUUCGUCCUGCAUGGGCCUCGAGAUUUACCGAAUAGUUUCGUAGCAUAAUCGCGCAUUGUUGAUUGCGUGGAGUAGAACUCCCAACGUUCACAGAAUUCAGGGUCAACCUCUGAAUGUGUGCUGACACAUGCUUACGACGCUUUACCGUUCCAAGGUUGUCGAAGCACAACCGUUUCACAAGUAUUGCAACAUGUGUGCUUCAUUUCAGUUAUCGUGGUUGACAUCCAAUAUUCAGAGAUGGUCGUUG